AUGGGUAAAUCUAUUAGAUCCAAGUCGAAGUUGAGAACCAAGUCCAUCAAACGUGGAAAGGAAUUCAAAGAGCAUUCAGAAGCAAGAAGUUUAAGAAUUGCCCAAGUAUUGGAGAAGAAGACUGAACAACAAAAGGAACAAAAGUCUGAAGCAACUACUAUACAAGAAAAGGAUGAUUCCAAGAUGGAAGAAGAUUCUAGUGAUAAGAAGGUCAAAACCUCUGGUUGGAGAGAUUCUCGGAGCCAACACUAUAAGAAGAAGCAAUUAAAGUUAAAGAAGAAGACCACCAAAUUUUAA